GUUUGAUAUCGAGAUAGAUUUGUCUCGGUGUUUAUUGUGUGAAUAGAGUAACAAUCGAAAAAUACACAAUCCGAAAAAAACAUUUGCAAACUCAAAAAAACAUUUGCAAAUAUAUAACAGAUCUGCGAAUAGCCUACAGGAUACAGACGGAUAUAUAACAGAUGUGUGUAUUCGUUCGGUUCACAUGACGUUGCUGUAGCUUUGCGCCGCCAUCAUUCCGACCUACUCGGUCUCAGUCAUGCCUGCAAUAUGUUGUGCAGUUGGCUGCAACAACAGCCGAAAGAGGAACCCCGGACUGGUAUUUUAUUCUAUACCAAAAGAAAAGGAAAGAAGAAAGAAGUGGUUAGCUGUCAUUCGAAGAGAUCAUUGGACACCUACGUCUCACACCUUACUAUGCAAUGAACACUUUGUGUCAGGAGCAAAACAGAACAAUCCUUUGAGCCCCGACUUUGUGCCCAGUCUUUUUGCACACACCUCUGUGAGAGAGACGGAAAAGCAACAUUACGCCUUCAAAAGGUUUCAACAGACUCAGCUGAUUAAACGCAAGAUGCGUGAGACCUGCGGCAGUGUGGCCGACCCUUCAACAACCGACGUAGAGGAGGUCACUAACACUGACCAUCACACUGACCACAACUAUUCAAAAGACACAGGCCCUGGCAUCGUAGAACCGCGCGUGAAUCCAUCCUGCCUUGCUACGAUGUCAGCACUGGAAAAUGUGCAGCAGCUCUCUCUCCCAGAGCCCCCACAGAUUAAAGAGGAACAGGAGCUGUGGACCAGUCAGGAGGAAGAGCAGCUCCAAGGACUGCAGUCUGAAACUACAUCCUCCAUCUUCACCAGAGAGUGUUUGAAUGAUAAAAUGUCUAAAUUAAACGCGAUCCAAGAAUUUUUAAGUGAGAGACUAACAAUGGCUGCUUUGGAGAUUUUUGAGGGCGUUGAAAUCAUGUUUUCUGAGUACAAAGACGAAAUCUCUCGUUCCGAGAAGGAGAGGAAGCGGAUACAACGGCUGUUUGACGUUGUUACUCAACCUGAGAUCAAGCUAAACCGAACAGAAGUGCAGCAGCUCUCUGUCCUGGAGCCCCCACAGAUUAAAGAGGAACAGGAGCUGUGGACCAGUCAGGAGGAAGAGCAGCUCCAAGGACUGCAGUCUGAAACUACAGACUCCAUCUUCACCAGGGACUCCAACUUGCAUAUCAGAGCAUUUCUCAGUGAGAGAUUAACAACAGCAGCUUCAGAGAUUUUCGGGGCCAUUGAAAUAAGGUUUACUGAGUACCAAGAAGAAAUCUCCCGUUCCGAGGAGGAGAGGAAGCGGAUACAACGGCUGUUUGACGUUGUUACUCAACCUGAGAUCAAGCUAAACCGAACAGAUGUGCAGCAGCUCUCUCUCCCAGAGCCCCCACAGAUUAAAGAGGAACAGGAGCAGUGGACCAGUCAGGAGGAAGAGCAGCUCCAAGGACUGCAGUCUGAAACCAAAGACCCCAGACUCACUUUUCUCUAUGUAAAACAUGAGUCUCAGAGAAGCCCUCCUGAUCAAUGUUCACAUCUUGUCCAGAUUGUUAAAGUGGAGGACAGAGAAGGAGACUGUCUACACACCAACACAACUGAGGAGCAAAUCAAAGCAGAGCCUCAUGUACAAGACUCUGCUGCACCAGAACCAGGCAGUGACUCUCAGCCCCUCUCUGUUGUAGCUCCAGACUGUCCUACAGCUCAGAGUUUGGAGGAGGAGGAACAUGGAGGAGUGAUGCUUUUACAGAACAGAACACAAAACAAUGAGGCUCUUCCAAGGGACAAUAGACCACAGGGAAGUCACACAGAAGAGAAACCUCUUCAGUGUCAACAAUGUAAGAGACGAUUUGCUGACAAAAGUGCUCUUCUUAAACACAUUGAAAAAGCACACACAGGAGAGAAACCUCAUCAGUGUCAACAAUGUAAGAGACAAUUUGCUUUCAAAAGUGCUCUUCUUAAACACAUGAGAACACACUCAGGAGAGAAACCUUUUCAGUGUGAACAAUGUAACAAACGAUUUGCUCAAAAAAGUGUUCUUGUUGAUCACCUGAAAACACACACAGGAGAGAAACCACAUCAGUGUCAACAAUGUAACAAACAAUUUGCUCACAAAGGUAAUCUUGUUGAUCACAUGAGAACACAUACAGGACAGAAACCUUUUCAGUGUCAACAAUGUAACAAACAAUGUGCUCUCAAAGGUAAUCUUGAUAAACACAUGAGAACACACACAGGAGAGAAACAAUAUCAGUGUCAACAAUAUGAUUACAAAAGUAUUCUUGUUGAUCACAUAACACACACAGAAGAGAAACCAUAUCAGUGUCAACAAUGUAUAAAACGAUUUGCUAAAAAAGGUAAUCUUGUUGUACACAUGAGAACACACACAGGAGAGAAACCAUAUCAGUGUCAAUUAUGUAAGAAAAGAUGUGCCCACAAAUGUAAUCUUGUUAAACACAUGAGAACUCACACAGGAGAGAAACCAUAUCAGUGUCAACAAUGUAACAAACAAUUUGCUCACAAAGGUGUUCUUGUUGAACACAUGAGAACACACACAGGAGAGAAAUCUUUUCAAUGUCAACAAUGUAACAAACGAUUUUCUGUCAAAAGUAUUCUUGUUGAUCACUUGAGAACACACACAGGAGAGAAGCCACAGUGUCAACAAUGUAACAAACGAUUUGCUAAAAAAGGUAGUCUUGUUAAACACAUGAGAACACACACAGGAGAGAAACCAUAUCAGUGUCAAAAAUGUAACAAACGAUAUGCUCACAAAGGUAUUCUUGUUGAUCACAUGAGAUCACACACAGGAGAGAAACCUUUUCAGUGUCUACAUUGUAACAAACAAUAUGCUUACAAAUGUAUUCUUGUUGAUCACAUGAUAACACAUACAGGAGAGAAACCAUAUCAAUGUCAACAAUGUAACAAACGAUUUGUUAAAAAAGGUAAUCUUGUUGAUCACAUGAGAACACACACAGGAGAGAAACCUUUUCAGUGUCAACAAUGUAACAAACAAUGUGCUCACAAAAGUAAUCUUGUUAAACACAUGAGAAUACACACAGGAGAAAAACCAUAUCAGUGUCAACAACGUAACACAACUUUUAGAUAUAAAUCUAAAUCGCCCCUUGUCCCAUAUGACAAACCAAUCUUUGUUGUAGCUCCAGACUGUCCUGCAGCUCAGAGUUUGGAGGGGGAACAUGGAGAAGUGAUACUUUUACAGAACAGAACGCCAAACAAUGAGGCUCUUCCAAGAGACAAUAGACCACAGGGAAGUCACACAGAAAACAAUACACCAGUGUCAACAAUGUAACAAAACUUUUAAUCAGAAAAUCCAUUUUGAUUCGUUACAUGGGGACACACACAGGAGAAACCAUAUCACAGUCAGGAAUGUCACAAAAGAUGUAGUCAAAAGUCUAAUCUAGUUGCACAUAUGAUGACCCACAGGAGGUAAACCUUAGCAGUGUCAGGAAUGUAACUAAACAUUUAGUUUCAUUUGUUUCAAUAUGUUCAGUCUUGUUUUGAAAUAUCUUGUUUUACUGUUUUUGUUUCAACAGCGCCCCCUAUGGACAAUACCAUGACUGCUGUAAUCGAAUAAUCGUCUGAUGAUACACUGUAGUUUGGAAGGCAGCAAUAAACAUAUUUCUCAAUUCAAUAAACCUUUCUAUAACUUUGUUCAUCGACCCUCGGCCACCGGUUGAAAACAUAACGGUACACUGUGAGAACUGGAGUCAGGUGGCUGAACGGUUAGGGAAUCGGGCUAGUGAUCUGAAGGUUGCCAGUUCGAUUCCCAGCCGUGCCAAAUGACGUUGUGUCCUUGGGCAAGGCACUUCACCCUACUUGCCUUGGGGGAAUGUCCCUGUACUUACUGUAAGUCGCUCUGGAUAAGAGCAUCUGCUAAAUGACUAAAUGUAAAUGAAAU